AUGAUCCAUAUAAAAAGUGAAAGUUUUAGUUUAAAAAAAGUAGCAAUAACAGCACAAUAUCUCUUGCUGGAAUUCCUUAUAUGCUUUUUAAACUCUUAUCCAUUCCCUGACUUUGCCUACUUCUCUACUGUUUAUUCAAAUUGGGCACACAGUUACAAUAGCUUACAUCAUUUUCAUAUACCAAUUACUGAAGGUCGUAUCAUUUUUUACGCCAUUCAAUAUGUGGGCUGUGAAUAUAUCAUUUCGGAGCACAUCCGCUGUGUGGAGGUAAGAAGCUACGACGAUGUCAGCCCAACUCACUAA